GGGAUUGGGUGCCAUAUCUGCUAUCGGUAUGUUAGCUAUUGUUUUGAACCGCUGACAGGCUGUAUUUUAUAGUUUUCUGUUGGAUUUGUAAAGCACUAAAAGUCGCAAAUGUGUGACCGUUUUAAAUGAGGCAUAGGUAAGCUAGCAUACGAGUCAUUUCUACACCGAAAGCUGUCAGAGUAUGCGACAAAGAAAACCUUUGGGGGAAAAUAGUUUUCACCGAGCAGCACCACCACUGCCGCCUGAAUUGCUGGAACAUGGCCGAGAGAGCUAACAAAGGCAUACUCAAGGGACGUUUAUCAUUGUCCAGAACCAAAAAGAAAGACAAUGUUGUUAAAGCUGGGACUGCUGCCAGGGGUGCCACCGCAAGUCCAAUUACGUCGUUCUUCUCUAGCAAGCCUCCACCUAAGCUGGCCUGUCCCCUGUGUGGCCAGCUGGUACCGAGAUUCAAGAUCAAUGAGCAUAUUGAUCUGCAAUGUCAGAACUUUGAGAGAGGAGACAGCACUGUCGGCUCAGCAAGUAAUAGUGUUAUCUCAAGCACUCAGCUGUCACCCAGAAGGAGUCUCCCAAAGUCUCCAGAGGUGGAUCCAAAAGUGGAAGAAGAGGGCGAAGAAGGCAAAGAGACCAAAACAAGCCCUUAUUUCAAAAAGAAUAACUUACAACAGGCACCACGGGAAAUAAACAGCAAGACUGUGGUCAGGACCAUUGACCUUGGAAGUCUUUCUUCCAAAUUAUCUAGAAAAUUUCAUAAGGCACCUGAAAGGAAAGAGACAAUGCAUGAACUUGAUGAGACACUGAAUAGCUCACAGAAAGAAAAUCUUCUGAUUCAGAGUUUAGAAGACAAAAAAGAGGACCUGCCAGUCAGAUCAAUCGGUGUUGCCUGUGCAGCAGCAGUGGAAGAUCCAUCGCAUUCAAAAAAACAACAUAAUUUUGAAAACAAAGCAUCUAAAUCUGAUACUGUCCAAAAACAAGUUACUCUGAAGCCCCACUCUUCUCCCUCCAAACCAGGAAAUAACUCACAACAGGCACCACGGGAAAUAAACAGCAAGACUGUGGUCAGGACCAUUGACCUGGAAAGUCUCUCUUCCAAAUUAUCUGGAAAAUUUCAUAAGGCAUCUGAGAGGAAAGAGACAGUGGAUGAACUUGAUGAGACACUGAAUAGCUCACAGAAGGAGAAUCUUCUGAUUCAGAGUUUAGAUGAUGAAAAAGAAGGUAUGACACGCCGGUCCACCAGUGUCGCUUGUGCAGCAACAGUGGAAGAUCCAUCACAUUCAAAAAAACAACAUAAACUUGAAAACAAAGCAUCUAAAUCUGAUACUGUUCAAAAACAAGUUACUCCAAAGCCACACUCGUCUCCCACCAAACCAGCAAAACGAAAAAGUAAAUCUUCCACUGGUAAGGCAGCUAGCUUUAAAAAGAAAGCCAAGCUGGAGGAGAAUUCCUCUGAAAGUAAAGCUGGAACAACUGAUCUGGAUCAGCAUGAAACUGUAGUAUCACCAUCUGCUUGUGACCAACCUUUGAAUUCAGAGGAAACGUGUGAGGACAGGGUUGCGGUUGUCAGUGAUGAUUUACUCCCAGUGUUUGGUGCCGAUAGCAUCACAAGUGAGCAGAGCUCGACUACAGCUUCGCUGCACCUUCCCUACUACCUCAGGAACUUCAAAACUGUACUGCACGCUGUGCUGGAGAAUGAGGAUGACAGAGAGUUGUUCAACCAAGAUGAUUUGUCUUUUAUACGUGCAUUUGAAAAUCUGUCAGUCAUGGGACAGAAGUUGUAUGUGAGGCUUUUUCAGAGGAAACUGAAGUGGCUCCAAGUAAAUAAGCUGGAUUAUGAAGAGAUAUGCAGCGAUCUUGGACCCAUUGCACAAGAACUGGUUCAAAGUGGUUUUCUGGAGACAGAGAAUGACCUUGAAGAUUUGGGUGAGGCUCUGGAUCUCCUGCCAGCUCCUGAACUCAAAGCUUUGGCUAAGACUUUCCACCUGGGCAAUUCAGCGACCCAAAAACAGCAGCUAGUGGACGGACUGCUCCGCCUUAGCAAGCAAAAGUCUCUUUUCUCUCUGACCACUGCACAAAACAGUGUCGGAGCAGUGAUUCUUAAACGGGCUAAGCAGCUUGCAGGUUCCUGUGUCCGUCUCUGUCGGGGUCCUCGGGCUGUCUUCUCUCGUGUUCUCCUGCUCUUCUCUCUGACGGACACCAUGGAAGAAGAGGAGAUGGCAGCUGGAGGACAGAGCCAGCUUUAUACCAUCCUUUUGGUAAACUCAGGUCGUCUGGCCUUCCCAGACUAUACAGUACAGCGUGUUGCCAAGGUUUUUCAGGAUAGAGAGGACCUUAUCAGAUAUGAAGCUUCCAUGCGAGCACUGCAAGAGGUGAUCCUGGCUAUGCAGGGUGGUCAGUGGGAGACGGCCAUGGAGCUCUACACUGCAGCCAAAAGUCAAUGGCUAGUGCUGAAGAAAAACAAUGACCUCAGUCAUCAGGAAAAGCUGCCUGUGUUUCUGCGCUGCUUCACUGCAGGAUGGGCUUACACUCGAAUUUUAUCCAGAGGGAUCGAGAUUUUGCAAAGGCUCCGUCGCUAUGAGGAAGCAGUUGAAGAGCUGCGGUCUUUGCUAUUGCAGUCCAUUUACUGUCCUGACAGCCGCGGGCGAUGGUGGGACAGACUGGCACUAAACCUUCACCAGCACCUCAAAAGUCCUGAGCAAGCUAUCUGUGCUAUUAGAGAUGGGCUGUCAGACCCUUUGGUGCGUACAGGACAUAAGCUCUCACUCCAUCAGAGAGCUGCUAGAAUGAAAGAGUCUGCCAGCUGCAAGAAGUACCGCCUGCAACUGAGAGACCUGCCCACUGUCCAAGUGCAAGAUGUCAAGCAUGUGACUAUUCGAGGACAGCUGUUUCCUCAUGAGGGAGGCAUGGGGAAGUCUAAAUUUCUUUUACCAGCAAAUGAAGAGGGCGCUCAUUCCACUGUAAUAUGCUCUGUAGAGGAGCUGUCCUUAGCGCAUUACAGACAGCAAGGUUUUGACCAAGGGAUCCAUGGAGAGGGUUCAACAUUCUCAACACUGUUUGCUCUCCUGCUGUGGGACAUCAUUUUCAUGGACAGUAUUCCAGAUGUCUUCCGAAACCCAUACCAGACGUGUCCACUGGACUUUUAUACCGACUGCUUUUAUGAAAACAGAAAGGAUGCAAUUGAGUCUCGUGUCCAGUUACUUUGUGAGGCGUCUGUGGAAACUCUGCAAAAUAUGUUGGAAGAUGUCUGGAAUUCCCAGGAGGGAAAAGUGUGUUCGUUGGUGAGCUGGGAACGUUUCUCAUCCCUUCAACAAGCGCAGUCUCUUGUUGCAUGCCUGGGUGGAGCCUUUCUAGGUGGAGUAAUAGCACGAAUGGCAAAAGACUACAGGCACUGCCGUGGAGGUUUGCCCGAUCUUGUGGUGUGGAACAGCUCAAACAACAGCUACAAGCUGGUGGAGGUGAAGGGUCCCAAUGACCGACUAUCCCACAAGCAACAGAUCUGGCUGGAUGAGCUGCAGAAACUUGGGGCCGAUGUGGAGGUGUGUCACGUGACUGCUACUGGAGCCAGAGGAGCUCGUCUGGAAUAAACGGACACAGAGAAAUUGACUGAUAAGACUUAUGCUGCUAAUUAAUCAGACUGUGGUAAAAAAAGAAAACAUCCGCAAUCGGACUCGCUGGAAAAAAAAAAUCCUGUUUGAUCAACCUGUAGAGAAUGGUGUAAAUCUUGAUUUCAAAAUCUAUAAAAUUUCACCUUUCUAUGUAGGAGGAGGUUAAUAUGCUUUGUUUUGUAUGGCAUUAUCAUCUGGUCUUCAACAGGAAGUCGUGCACUAUGUGAUGAGGAUCAUCGUUAACAGCUUCUAGGAUCAAAAAUCGCAACUGAUGCAUGACAGUAAAUAGAUCCAGCCACUACACUAAUUUAAUGGUGUUUCCUUUUUUGGGGCAACACUGUAAUCACAGGAUCGUGGGUUGCCAUGCAACCAAGACUCACAUUUUCUUGGCUGCUUAUAAAUUGCAUGACAGCUCUAUGAGUUUUUCAAUGCAAUUAAACACUGUGAUAUUA